CUGGUUCAGAAGUUGAAUUUUAUUGGAACACUAAGGUAAUCACUCGGUGCUAUCGGGUACAGACACUAUUCAAGCGUGCGCGCAGUGCGAAACACGGGGCGUCGGUCAUAGCUCAUUGGUGAAAUACGCCAUCUGGUCGGCGGGAGUUUCGCCUUGUUUCGCCUUGGGUUAUUUCGGGUCAAUGCCGAGACAGCGACGGAGGAAUAUCUCUCAGAACGCUGUCCAUAAGAUCCAUGAAGCCCGGACCAUUCAGCUCUCGCAUCACGGGACCGUACUCUUCCCGCAGCUCUCUAUCACUCGCCAACCGCGCCAAAAACCAAAAGAAACGCAUCAUCUUGGUCUGUGCGACCGGCACCUCUGGGUCGCCUGCCUCCUCGGGUGCUGGCGCGGCCUCGAUCACAGAAUACGGGUACCACACGUUGUUUCGGAUGCGCACCCACCUCGUCUCGCUCACGAGCACGCACUGCAUGAGAGCGGACGACCGUCUUCCCCACUUGCGCACGGCCUCCAACUCCAGGCCGAGCCGGUUUACCAUGUCGAGAUCAGCCAGCCUGCCCGUGCGGCUGAUGUCGAUUUGCCUGAGCUCGCGCAAGGCGGGCAGCGCGUCGGCGACCGAAUCGUAGAAGGCCUCCGGCAGCAGCAUCAGCGCACGACCUCCACACGGGCUCUGCCCCGCAAAUGCACACACACACACCUCCAGCUCGUCCAUGUCCUCCUCGCCCCCCUCGUCGUCGGCCGCUUCAAGCACGUGGUGCAGCCGCAGCUCCCGCACGCCGGGCAUGUGCGCGCCGACCGCACGCAGUAGCUGCGUCUCCCAGCGCGCGCACACGCUCGCGAACAUCUCGAUCGUCGCGCCGGACGCGCCGAGCGCGCCGAGCACGCUCCCGGGGCGGUCGAUGUCCCACGGGCCCCAUACGAGCGUGAGCUCCGACACGCGGCGCGACCCGGGGACGACCGCGCAUGCCAGCGCCGCCGUGCCGUAGAACGUCUCCAGGCGCGGCAUGCGGACCGCGGGCAUGUGUACCGGGAACGCGUCGUAGUCGACAGGCGGCAACGUGCCCAGGUGCUUCAGGUGCGGGUUGAGCUGCAGGAAGGCCGGGAGGCUCGGGGACCAGAUCAGGCUGCACCGCGUCAGGGAGGGGAGGUGGCAUGUCGCGAGCGCCGCGAAUAUGUCCUCGUUGAGGAGCACCUCGAGGACGCUGAGGUUGCGCAGCUGGGUCAGCGCGGCGCGGAAGAGCCGGGUGAACGAUGCGAGGAUGCGGGCCGGCGGAGGCAUCGACCUGGAAAUAGACCGGGCAUUAGCAUAUAGGCUGGUUUCAGAGGAAGGACAGCGAAGGUGGGAGGAGGAGUGGAGACUGACAAAAUCAGACUCCUCACAUGGGCCGCGAGAUCCACCUUCGAGCUCAGCGUCCUGAAACAUCGCAUGGCGCGGGACAGCGCCAGCGCUCCCUGUAUGCGCACCGUGCGAUACAGAUGCCGGGUGCAUAUUUGGCUGAAUCGUCUGCAUGCCAGCCCCAAGGCGAUCAGAUCGGAUGCGCUGGCGUAAGAGGCGAUGAGGUCGACGAGUUCGGUCGGCAGUGAGGACAUCGGAAAAGGCCUGAGCUGGUGACCGAAAAUCUG